AGUACUCCCUCAAUUUUAAAAUAACCAAAGUUCUAGGGUAAGUUUGAUCAAGUUUAUAAAAAAAAUCUGCAAAAUACCUACAAUAUCAAUAUGUAUAGUAUGAAAAUGUAUUUCUAAUGAAGCAAAUUAGGUGUUGUAGAGACGGGAGAGAAAGGAAUAUAGACUUGGUCAAACUUAAUGAAGUUCUUUUCAAACCGGGUUAUCCCCCUUUCCAUUACUGAUAACGGAAAUACAGUUCAGAAGUUUUGCAGGAGACGGGAGAGAAAGGAGAGCGAGUUCGGCACUACCAGGAAACCCACUGGACACGCUCGACUUCGAAAUGUGCAUAGUGAUCACUGGACCCAUUGGACGAAAGCUUAAUGAAGUUUGACUUAAGACAAACCUAAUACUUCAACUAUUUUGGAAUGGAAUGACUAAUAAAUUGCAUAGUGAUCACAAUAAGUAGCUCGCCAGUCUCUUUCGCAAUGACAAACGCAACUCGCCGCCUUUGUGGACUAUGUUGCCUGGUUUUAGCCUGCAUUUUUCUAUGCAAGAAGAGGAUGGGCGUAUCCAAUCAACGCUUCAUUUCCUGUCUUGCUUAUCUCUACUCUCCGGUACGCUGUCAUAGGCUCUGGUAAGGCAUCAGGAUGAGAAUUUGAAGACUCUGUUCUUUCUAUUCACUCCGGUUAAUCUGCGUAUGGCUUGACUCAACUGGUGUUCUUGCUUCAGUAAAGAAAUACUGAAAGGGUGUUCAGUUUCUCUCAAUGCAGAACAUGUACACACAGAACAACGCGGCAGGCUUGGUGGUUGAGCUAUUUUCAAACUUACUUUGGUGGCAUGCUUUUAGCUUGUUAAUUUUAUCUUUACAUGUCCUUGUGGAAUCUCUUUGCAGAUUAGCUUAAGCUAUCGAUUCAUUGGCACGGACAAAUGCUACUUGCUAGUUAAUUAAGCAGUAUGUGUUGACAAUAAGAAGCCAAUGGGCGAAGCAGCUAAUGGGCACCUCGCCAAUCUCUUGCUCACCUUCCCAGCUAAUGCCAUCCAUCGUCUUCAUGGACUCUGCUAUCUACCCCACAGUUUUUACGCAAGCAGAGGGAGGAGAAAUUGGAUCUUUUGCCCCAGUUUACUUCUAACUUUGAUAAUUUGCCCCUUUCUAUUCUGUCCAGUUAAUCUGUGUAUGGCUUGAUUCAACUGGUAUGUCAUGGAACCUCAUGUAUAAAUUGCAGUCAUAUACAACACAAGACCUUUUUUAAUUUCAGCAUCAGCAGAAGUUCCGCUCCUGUCUCAAACCAAGCAAGUUUCAAAAUUGCAGGUGUUCUUGCUUCAAUAAAGAAAUACUGAAAGGGUGUUCAGUUUCUCUCAAUGCAGAACAUGUACACACAGAACAACGCGGCAGGCUUGGUCGUUGAGCUAUUUUCAAACUUACUUUGGUGGCAUGCUUUUAGCUUGUUAAUUUUAUCUUUACAUGUCCUUGUGGAAUCUCUUUGCAGAUUAGCUUAAGCUAUCGAUUCAUUGGCACGGACAAAUGCUACUUGCUAGUUAAUUAAGCAGUAUGUGUUGACAAUAAGAAGCCAAUGGGCGAAGCAGCUAAUGGGCACCUCGCCAAUCUCUUGCUCACCUUCCCAGCUAAUGCCAUCCAUCGUCUUCAUGGACUCUGCUAUCUACCCCACAGUUUUUACGCAAGCAGAGGGAGGAGAAAUUGGAUCUUUUGCCCCAGUUUACUUCUAACUUUGAUAAUUUGCCCCUUUCUAUUCUGUCCGGUUAAUCUGUGUAUGGCUUGAUUCAACUGAAUUGCAGGUGUUCUUGCUUCAAUAAAGAAAUACUGAAAGGGUGUUCAGUUUCUCUCAAUGCAGAACAUGUACACAUAGAACGAUUAGCUUAAGCUAUCGAUUCAUUGGCACGGACAAAUGCUACUUGCUAGUUAAUUAAGCAGUAUGUGUUGACAAUAAGAAGCCAGUGGGCAAAGCAGCUAAUGGGCACCUUGUCAAUCUCUUGCUCACCUUCCCAGCUAAUGGCAUCCUUCGUCUUCAUGGACACUGCUAUCUACCCAACAGUUUUUAUGCAAGCAGAGGGAGGAGAAAUUGGAUCUUUUGCCACAGUUUACUUCUAACUUUGAUAAUUUGCCCCCCCCCCCCCCCCUAGAAUGACGGGUGGGGCUGUAGCAGCUAUUAAUUGGAUCUGAAUUCUGAUCAGUUUACUCCAGUGAUCACUACCGAUUCGGAUGGGCCUGUGGAGGGCUCUGAUGAUCUUCUAUUCUCUGUUUUCCUUCUAGCUUGCGCCUAGCCCUGCGAGAUCUUGAAAUUAGCAAUUGGCUCACUAUCAAGGCAAACCGUGUCUUCCAGAUGAUCACUGUUGAUUCGUAUUAUUGAUAGCUUUUGCCCUUAUUGGAAUAGUGGUUUUGUAAGCGCCGGGUUUGCCUCAUCCAUGGGGACCAUACUAGAAGCUCUGCUUCGAUCAUGUGCCAGCAAGUUGCAAGAUAUCAUUACCAAUGAAGCCAUACUAAUCUUAGGGGUGGAAGAAGAGCUCGCAAAACUGCUACAACGAGUUGAACUAAUUCAGUGCUGUAUAUAUGAUGCUGAGAAAAGGAGGGCAAAAGAGUUAGCAGUAAACAAUUGGCUUGGCCAACUGAGAGAUGUUAUAUAUGAUGUUGAUGAAAUUCUGGACGUGGCUAAAUGCAAAGGAAGCAAGCUACUUCCUAACCACCCUUCAUCAUCAUCAAGUAAAUCAGCUGCAUGUAAAGGUCAUUCAGUUUUCCCUUGCUUUUGUAACAUUGGUUCACGUCGUGACGUUGCUGUUCGGAUUAGAACCCUCAACAAAAAGAUAGAGAACAUUUCAAAGGACAAAAUAUUCUUAACAUUCAACAGUAGUGCACAACCUAAUGGAAGUGGUCCAACAUCCAAACUGAUAAGAAGUUCCAACCUUGUUGAGCCCAACCUUGUGGGAAAGGAAAUCAUACAUUCUAGCAGGAAGUUGGUGGACUUGGUGCUUGCAAACAAGGAAAAGAAGUCUUACAAGCUCGCUGUUGUUGGAACCGGAGGAGUUGGUAAGACAACACUAGCUCAGAAAGUAUACAAUGACCAAAAAAUAAAAGGAAGCUUCAAGAUGCAUGCAUGGAUUUGUGUUUCGCAAGACUACAGUGAAGUAACUCUUUUGAAGGAGGUGCUCCGAAAUAUUGGUGUGCAUCAUGAGCAAGGUGAAACCAUAGCUGAGCUACAAAGAAAGCUUGCAGAAACAAUAGAGGGAAAGAGUUUCUUUCUGGUUCUAGAUGAUGUAUGGCAUUCCAAUGUAUGGAUGGAUCUAUUAAGGCCUGCGUUACACAAAACAACAUCUGGAGUAAUGUUGGUAACCACACGAGAUGAUCAAAUUACAAGGAGAAUAGGCGUAGAGCAUACCCAUCGAGUUGAUCUCAUGUCAGUAGAGGUGGGAUGGGAGCUACUUUGGAAGAGCAUGAAUAUUGAUGAGAAAGAAGUGCAGAAUUUAAGAAACACGGGGAUUGAGAUUAUCCGUAAAUGCGGUUGCCUCCCUCUUGCAAUCAAAGUUACCGCUAGUGUUCUGGCAAGCAAGGAUCGAACAGAUAAUGAGUGGAAAAAGAUUUUGAGAAGAUAUGCUUGCUCCCAGAACAUGCUCUCUAAUGAAAUAGAAGGAGUUUUGUAUCUAAGCUACGAUGAGUUACCGUAUCGUCUGAAGCAGUGUUUUCUUUAUUGUGCAUUGUAUAUUGAAGAUUCUACCAUUCUUCGCCGUGUAAUUACCAGGUUAUGGAUUGCUGAAGGCUUCAUUGAGGAGGAACAAGGCCAACUUCUAGAAGACACAUCAGAGGAGUACUACUAUGAGCUAAUCCAUCGAAAUCUCCUCCAACCAGAUAACGGAUCUUUUAACCAGGCUGAAUGCAAAAUGCAUGACCUCUUAAGACAGAUUGCUUUGAGUAUAUCAAAACAAGAAUGUUUUAUUGGUGAUAUUGAAACAUUAAGUGGUGAGAAUAUGUCAAAACUACGACGAGUUACUGCCGUGAGUAAGAAGGAUAAAUUAGUGUUGCCUAGCAUGAAUAAGGUGGAAGCUAAGGUGAGGACUUUCUUUAGUGUUCAUGGUCCACAGAGCAUUGAGGAUUCAUUGUUCAAGAGAUUUUUGCUUCUUCGUGUUUUGGUACUGAAUUACUCACUUGUACAAAGCAUUCCAGGUUAUAUAGGAAGACUGAUACAUCUACGCCUACUUGAUCUUGAUUAUACUAGCAUAUCUUGUCUUCCAGAAUCCAUUGGCUCCCUACAAAACCUUCAAAUUUUGAGCUUGAAUUAUUGUGAUGCUUUGCACAAUCUUCCUUCGGCGAUAUCCCAAUUGUACAGUUUAAGAUGUCUUAGUCUUCUUGACACAAAUAUAAAUGAAGUUCAGAAAGGGAUAGGAAAACUGAAGUUCCUCACUGAUUUACGAGGGUUUCCGGUUGGGGCAGGAAUUGAAAAUGCUGAUGUACAAGAUGGAUGGAAGUUGGAAGAGUUGUCAUCUUUGUCAUUGCUGAGGUAUCUUACGUUGGUUAAAUUGGAAAGAGCGGCUUGCUAUAGUACAAAUACAUUACUGGCGAACAAAAACCAUCUAAAAGGACUAGUACUGGAGUGGACAUCAUAUUCAGAAGAUGUUAGCACUGAGGAGGUCUUUGAGCAGCUAAUACCUCCAAGCAACCUGGAAACCCUACAUAUUAUUGGAUUCCUUGGUCGGCAGUACCCCAACUGGUUUGGUAACACCUGUUUGUCUUCGCUGGCACACGUGACCCUUAGAAAUCUACGAUGUGUGGAUCUUCCACCUAUUGGCCAGCUACCCAACUUGAAAUUUCUAAAAAUUGAUGGAGCAUAUGCAGUUACCAAGGUUGGCCCUGAAUUUGUUGGUUGCGGGAAGGGUGAUCCCCUAUGCAACGAAUCAGUUGCUUUUCCUAAACUUGAAUGGUUAGUCCUCAAGCAUUUGCCCAACUGGGAGGAGUGGUCUUUUUUUGAAGAAAAAGAAGAAGCAGAAGAUGCUGAUGAUGAAGGGGGAGCAAAUGGAGUUGCUGAGAUUCGAAAGGACGACGCCCAAUCUGCAAGGUUGCGUCUGUUUCCUUGUUUGGUAAGGUUUAAACUUGAAGGCUGCUUAAAGCUGAGGGCUCUACCGCGACAACUUGGAGAGGACACUGUCAGCUUGAGGAAGCUCGAAUUAAUUCGAACAAAUAACUUGAAGGCCGUGGAGGACUUCCCACACCUCACUGAGCUCCUUCAUAUUGAAAAAUGUGAAGGCCUGGAGAAGGUCUCCAAUCUCCCUCAAGUGACAGACCUGCAAGUACGUGGUUGUCUGAACUUAAGCCGUGUAGAGGGGCUGGGCAGUUUGCAGCAGCUGGGGCUGGGCGAGGAUACACAAGUGAUCUCUUCCCAUUGGGUGCUUGGGCUUCAAAACCAGCACCAGAGACUUCAUGGUGAAGACUUGGAUGUCUACUCGUUGUCUACCAGUUAGAUGGCUCAAGCGUAGGACUGAUUGUGUGGUUGGCUUCAACGGGACAAGCAUCAGACGUACUCCCUCCGUUCCAAAUUACUUGACUUAGAUUUGUCUAGAUACAGAUGUAUCUAAC